AUGGGUAGUAAUGGAUUUGAUCAUCCAUUAAAAAAUUCAGGAAAGGAAGUACUUGGCAGUAACCAUGAUCUGAAUAGGAGUUUCGAUCAUACCAGUAGAGGUGAUGAAUCAGUGACAGUUGAUUACGUGUCUUCGGAGGAGCAAUCUGAAGCAGUGUCUUUUCAGGAAGCAGAGAAGCAGAAGACGAAGUCAGGGAAGCAGCCACCAACUCUAGAGAUUUUCAAAUCAAAAGAAUUGAAUUUUUCUCCUUCACCUCGAAGACCAUCUGAUCUUGAAGGCUUCAAUCACUGCAUCACUGCACCUGCUGAUGCUCAUAGACAUCCACUGUUCGAUGGAAAUGAUAAUAUUACAUUCUAUAGAUCCAUGACAGAGAACAGGGCAUCAAGGCAUGAGCUAAAAUUGGAUAGACUGUCAGAGCGUGAAAAGAAGAAACUAAUCAUAGAGCUAGUCAAGAUACAAAAUGAUGGAACAGUCGAGGUUGAUAUCGAUGAAAAUGCUCCUGUUGCUUCAGAGUUGUUAGAGCUUCAUUCAGUUGAAGAGACAUCUUUUUUUGUCAAUGAUAGCACUUCUGGUUGUAAUAGAUCAAUUCCAAGGCUGAAAAUUGCCUUGCUUGUGGAAUUUGGUCAUCAUGUUAGGCUGGCAACUCAUUCUAACUUCAGCAACUUUGUGAGAUCGGCCGGUGUAGAUUUUUAUCCUUUGGGUGGUGAUCCUCGGGUAUUGGCAGGAUAUAUGGCCAGAAACAAAGGUUUCAUCCCAUCUGCACCAGGAGAAAUAUCCAUACAGAGGAAGCAACUGAAGGCCAUUAUUGAGUCUCUUCUUGCUGCAUGUACAGAACCAGAUAUGGAAACUGGUGUGCCUUUCAAAGCCCAGGCAAUUAUUGCAAACCCUCCGGCAUAUGGACACGUACAUGUCGCUGAAGCUCUUGGUGUACCAAUUCACAUAUUCUUCACAAUGCCUUGGACGCCAACAUAUGAAUUUCCUCAUCCUUUAGCACGUGUACCUUCAAGUGCUGGUUAUUGGGAAGAGAAAGCUAAAGCUUCCACCGAUCGCAUACUUCAGUACGUACCAUGGAUCAAUAUCCCAUCUGCCUACAGGUUAUAUGUGGAGCCCCCAUCUUGUGCCAAAGCCAAGUGUCAUUACUGGGGGUCCUUAGUUGAUGUAGUUGGUUAUUCUUUCUUAAACCUUGGAUCAAAAUAUGAACCUAAAGAAGAUUUCCUGCAAUGGAUUCAGAAAGGAACAGAACCCAUGUAUAUUGGAUUUGGGAGCAUGCCUCUUGAAGAUCCCAAGAAUACUAUGGACAUAAUAUUGGAGGCUUUGAAAGAUACUGGACAAAGAGGAAUAAUUGAUCGAGGUUGGGCAGAUCUUGGAAAUUCAAUGGAAGUACCUGACACCGUCUUCCUUUUGAAGGAUUGCCCUCAUGAUUGGUUAUUUCCUCAAUGUGCUGCCGUGGUUCAUCAUGGUGGUGCUGGAACCACAGCUACGGGACUAAGAGCUGGGUGCCCGACAACUAUAGUGCCAUUCUUUGGGGAUCAGUUCUUCUGGGGUGAUCGAGUGCAUCAAAAAGGGUUGGGACCUGCACCGAUACCAAUAGCUAAGCUCAGUGUUGAGAGCCUUUCAAAUGCAAUAAGAUUCAUGCUAGAGCCUGAGGUCAAAUCUCGAGCUAUGGAGUUGGCUAAGCUGAUAGAAAAUGAAGAUGGUGUUGCAGCUGCAGUUGAUGCAUUUCACCGGCAUUUACCUCCCGAGUGGGAUGACCGGAUGUCUGACCAUCAACAACCAGCUACCCCAUUUCUGGCCGUUAUGUGA